UGCAACCUCCUCCGACCAAGAUGCAGCCAGUGCGCCCGAGCUGGUCUAGACUGUACUGGUUAUAGGUCUCAGUCAGAUCUGCUUUUUCGCGAUCAGACCAAAUCGACAGUUCGAAGGUUGCAUGCUUCAAGUACUAGGCGGACCAUGGUUAACAAGCAUACCACGUGUUGGAGCCCAGUCGUAACCAAAUCCACACUUAACGUCGAAGAACUUGCACAAAAAGUAUUUUCUGACAACUUUGCGAUUUUGGGUGGAGAAUGCAAGAAGUGGAUGGACUCCGGUGCGGAGCACCCAUCUUCCGUCACUGUCAGCCUCACCUCUGUUGGCCUCGCUGCACUCGCUGUUGUCCACAAAGAUCCCGAUAUGAUGGAUCUGGCGCGCAGAAAAUACAACCUUGCUAUAAAGAUCCUCACUAAAGCAACCAUUGGCCAUCAGAGCGGUGGGAUUGAACAAUCUGUAGCUGGAAGUUUCAUUUUGUCUAUCUUCGAGAUGAUAACAUGUGAUAGACACUCCUCUUCAUAUGCCUGGCAAAAGCAUGUUCACGGCGCUGCUGCAUUCUUGGGCUAUUUGUGUUCUACAAACGGUCUACCAGUCUCACCGGUGAAAGAAAUUAUAGAGAUAUGUUACACCACAACACUGGCGUGUCUUAUCAGUGGCAAGACGGUUCCGCACUUCUUACUGGAAUUACCAGGUCGCUUUGGAGCGUCAUCGAAUACCUCACAAGCCGACGAGGAUCCCUUGUUGUCAGCAAUGAGACUCUUUGCUAUUCUGAGUACCUUGGUGAAUAUUCGUGUGUUGGCCAACCAGAGCUUUUUCCCACCUGGCCAGCUAGUUGAAAUCGCUAUAAAAAGUGAUCAAACCCUCCGAAACUGGGCAGCUUCAUUGCCUGCGUCGUGGGCGUAUCAGGAGCUUCCUAAAGGGCCACAAUACAUUUACCAGGACGUUUGGUAUGCUCGAAUGUGGAACUACUAUCGCCUAGCCCGCAUUCUAGCCAACCGGUUAAUCAUCGACAAUUGCGACAUCAUGGUCCCCGCAAUGCUCCCAGACGGUAUUUUCAAAUUACAACAUGCCCGGUCAUAUGCUGCUAUUCCGCUCCUGUCGCAGGAGAUCUACAGCAGCUUCCCUUUCAUGUUCAAAUUGGAACAAGUGCCUGCUACCUCUCUACCACUAUCGGCAGCCCUUUUCUUCACAACCACUCUAUUGCAAUCACUGCUGGGACUUACAGAUAGAGAUACUCUCAUCCAAGACUGGUCAUCUCCAGCAUUUGAGAUCCUAGGAGAAGAAAGUUUUACUUUUACGAAGGGUAUCGUGAUGCAGAAUCUUCGCUAG